AUGUCGACGCCGGACAUGGCCACCGCCGCACCUUCGCAUAGACGGAACAGGAGCGCUGCAGCUGGAGUGCUCAAGUCCAUCAUCGCGAACAAAGGCCACAAGCGUUCGCCGACCGAGGGCGCUGGGCUGCACAACAGCACCCAAUUAGCCAGCCCGCCGUACAUGCCUGUCUCCAACUUCCAGGCGCCGCUCCUGCCGCCAGACCACCCCCAUAGCCAAUUGCGCGCGGCAAACCAGACGGAGAACGUUCCCACCAACCCGCCGUCACCGCGCAAGUCGCGAGACGUCAAUUCGAGCCCCAAAAAGAGCCUGCACAAGAAGACGCUCAGUUCCGUCUCGCUGCGGUCACUGGCCAAGAAGGAGAACAAGGAGGAGAAGGAGAAGCCCGCCUACAAGAAGUCAUUCGACUCGCGGCGAUCUCAGGAAGAAGCUGAGAUGGGCGAGAAGCCGAAGAAGACAAAGUCAUCGACCAAUCUGGCUGCCAUGUUCGGCGGGCGCCGGAGAGACAAGUCACCUGUGAAGGAGAGCAGAGACAAGGAGAACACCACACCACCCCGCUCUUCCCACGACAAGGCCCCACCUCGCACUCCCAUCUGGGCCGAGUUCAGCUCCCAGCAGGAAGUCACCACUACGAGCAAAGUCCCGCUUAACGAUCAGCGACGGAGCGUCGAGGAGGAGAUUGCCCUCUACACUCCCCAGGACUACUCCCCCACCAAGCAGCGCAACUUCUUCGAGGUCGGCCAGCCAGCUCUCCGACCAGCUCCAAAAGAGCGACCCAAGUCUAUGUUUGCUCCGAAGUCGACCUCCACGGCAUCCUUGCUUGAGACCUUCUCGCGCAAGCGGAGCAACGAGCGCGUUCCUCUAUCAGACACCAAGGGCAACGAGGGACGCACAAGGGAGAGCUCCCCUACAAAGCCUGCAAGACCCGUACUCAGUAGGGCGAGUACCGACACCGGCAGCAAGGACUACAGUCUCAAUUCCAUGGCGCCGCCGCCGCCGCCAGCCACAACCAAGAAGCAGAACCGAGUCAUGGCUGCCGUUGCUGCCUUUAACGGAAAGUCAAAGCAAGCUGACGGUGCUCCGGCGUCUGCCAAGCUCGACCCAAAGGCGGUAGACGCCGAGUUCGAGGAGGUUCUGGAAUCUCGAAACAUCCCCACACAUCAACGUGCCCAGAUGCGGACACUGAAGCUCGAGGUCAAGGCAGACUUUGUUCGCAUGCACAAACUUGACAUACCCCAGACCUCGCGAACAAACUCCGCCCAGUCUUCAAUUGGCGAGAACACCAAGCAGGCACCACAGAAGUCGUCCAAGUCUCGACACGGAUCUGCUGUCGAGGAUGCACAAGAUGAGGCGGAAGAGGACAAGUCAGCCAACUCUACUAAGCGUGAGCGACCGCGGAGCCGAACAUUUACCUUCAACAGGAGUGACUCUCCCACGAAGAAGCAGAAGGGCGAAUCCGGCGAACGGAAGACGAAUUCAAAGCCAGCGCCUAUUCCCAAGUCUCCGUCUAUGAGGUCACUGAGGUCCAAUGCUUCUGAUCGAUCUGUGUCCAACGGAGCGAAAUCGGUCAAGGCCGACGAGUUCAUCUCCUACUUGAAGAAGACGCCCAAGCCACAGAACGUCGAAGUUGGCAAGCUGCACAAGCUGCGCCUGUUGAUCCGCAACGAGACCGUCGACUGGGUUGACAACUUUAUCCAGGAUGGCGGUAUGACUGAGUUGGUCGCGCUGCUGCACCGCAUCAUGGAGAUUGAAUGGCGCGAAGACCACGAAGACACACUUCUGCACGAACUCCUUCGAUGUCUCAAGGGACUCUGCACAACUGCCACAGCUCUCAAGCAGCUCAAUGAGAUCUCGUCGACACUGUACCCUGCAUUACUUGCUAUGCUUUUCGACGAAGAGCACAAAGGUCCGAGCGAGUUUACUACGCGUGAACUCAUCAUCGAGAUCAUCUUCGCUCACAUCUCCAUGGCACCUGAGGGCGAGCUGGAGACCCGCGCUAAGGAGCUGAUGAAGUACCUCAAAGACCCUGUCAAAGAGAAGCAGGCUUCGACGGUUCCGUUCAUCCUCCAGAUGCACACACAGCGGCCCUACCAGGUCUGGUGCAAGGAGCUGUCCAACGUGACCAAAGAAGUCUUCUGGAUCUUCAUCCACCACCUCAACGUCAUUCCCGUUCCCCCCAAGCCUACGGAGGGAAAGUCGUACGCGAAAACGCACUUCCCAGGUCAACGCGCAAUCGUUCCUGCAGCACCCUACGUUGGCGGCGUGGAAUGGGACGCAACCAACUACCUCGCCACUCACAUUGACCUCCUCAACGGCAUCAUGGCCUCUCUCCCCACACGCACCGCACGCAACGAGUUCCGCUCCGAACUCAAAAUCUCAGGCUUCGAGAAACUGCUCGGUCACCUCCGCGCCUGCAACCCCAAGUACUAUGGCGCUGUCCACGACAGCGUCAAAGUCUGGAUCGGCGCCGCCCUCGAAGACGACUGGGACGUCAAGACUGUGCGCAUGGGUGCUGGCGAUGGCAAGGGCGGUAGCGUAAGCCCAGCUAAGCAGAGCCCGAAGAAGAAGACGGAGCCUCCACCGCAACUCAUGGCACCGCCUAAGAUGGAUGUCGGGCUUGGUCUUGGACUGGGCUUUGAGCGGGAGAUUGCCAUUGGCAGUACGAACAAAGUGGACGAUGACUGGAUUUGA